AGAAGUUAACUAAAGUAUUCGAGCGGCAUUGGAGGAAUUACAGAGUAAAGUCAGUCUAAUCAAACAAAGAAACAGCAAUUGCAUAAUUUUUCUAAUGCCACAGCGCACUAGGCACCAAAGGGUGCUGCGUCUGCCACAGUGGAACUAUUACCCGCAGAGCAUCGCAAAGUCAUCGCAGAGCAUCGCAAAGUCACCGCAGAGCAUCGCAAGUAACCGCAGAGCAUCGCAAGUCACCGCAUCAAGAAAAGAAAAGUCUCCUUAUAAGACUGACGUUUGUUUCUGCAACCCUCAGAUCACGAUAUCCUGCUCUUCAAUUAAGGUCAGAGCUUUCCUUUAUUACUCACUUAUGCACAUAGGUUUCUGCACUAUACAUUUUUGUGCUCAAGAGAAUACAGACUUUUAA